CACAGGCUGAAGGAGGGAAAGGACACGCCAUUCCAAAUGCCCGCCGGCCCUGCCUCCGGGGGCGCGGCCUCCGCGAAGCCAAUCGGCUCCUCGCUUCAGGGAUGGACACCGCCCCUUUUCCAUUAGGGACGGUCCUUUUCGGGUCUAUUGAGCUUUCCGACUCCGAGUAACCAAUCCUUUGCCUUCAUACACGAGGGGCGUGGACCUGCGCCUAGGUCGAAUGUUUUCCAUGAUCAAACAUUUCUCAUUGGUUUCCCUUCUUCCGCUGAGGUGGAGCCUAUGCCUUUCGCGCUCCCUUUUGGGUUGUGCAACCCUCAGGGGACCAACCCCCAAAGCCCUAGGGAGACAGGAAGGCGUGCUCUCAGAACGAGAGUCCGCAUUGGCUUCACCCGUAGAGAAAGGGUGGGAUGGUGUAGUCGCUCUUCUUGUUCAUUGGUCCGGUGAUUCCAUGGGGUGGGAUUUGGCUGGGCCUAAACUAUCCGCGGUCCCGGACCGGUUUCAGGGCGAAGCUGCCAUGCCUUCCGGGGGCCGCGGGCGGCCCCGGCUACGGCUGGGGGAACGUGGCCUCUUGGAGCCACCCUCACCGCCCAAGCGCCGCCUGCUACCGCGGGCGCACUUCUUGCCUCUGCUUCUGCUGUCCCUGGCCGUGGCCUCGGCGUUCUACACCAUCUGGAGCGGCUGGCACCGCCAGACUGAGGAGCUGCCGCGGGGCCGGGAGCUGCGGGGCCGGUUGAUCGGAAGCCUCCCUGAAGCCCGGCUGCGGAGGGUGGUGGGGCAACUGGACCCACACCGUCUCUGGAACACUUACCUGCGCCCCCUGCUGGUUGUGCGGACCCCGGGCAGCCCCGGCAAUCUCCAAGUCAGAAAGUUCCUGGAGACUACCCUACGGACCCUGACGGCAGGCUGGCAUGUGGAACUGGACCCCUUCACGGCCUCGACACCCCUGGGGCCACUGGACUUUGGCAACGUGGUGGCCACGCUGGACCCAGGGGCUGCCCGUCACCUCACCCUUGCCUGCCAUUACGACUCCAAGCUCUUCCCAUCUGGGUCGGCUCCCUUUGUGGGGGCCACGGAUUCGGCCGUGCCUUGCGCCCUGCUGCUGGAGCUGGCCCAGGCCCUGGACAGGGAGUUGAGUAGAGCCAAGGAGCAGGAAGCCCCGGUGACUCUGCAGCUGCUCUUUUUGGAUGGCGAGGAGGCACUGAAGGAGUGGGGACCCAAGGACUCCCUUUAUGGCUCCCGGCACCUGGCCCAGCUCAUGGAGUCUGCACCCCACAGCCCAGGCCCCACCAGGAUCCAGGCUAUCGAGCUCUUUGUGCUUCUUGAUCUCCUGGGCGCCCCCAAUCCAAACUUCUACAGUCACUUUCCUCACACGGCCCGCUGGUUCCAUCGGCUGAGGAGCAUAGAGAAGCGUCUGCACCGCUUGAACCUGCUGCAGUCUCAUCCCCAGGAGGUGAUGUACUUCCAGCCCGGGGAGCCCCCUGGCUCUGUGGAAGAUGACCACAUCCCCUUCCUCCGCAGAGGGGUCCCAGUACUCCACCUCAUCUCCAUGCCCUUCCCCUCUGUCUGGCACACGCCUGGCGACUCGGAGGCCAACCUGCACCCCCCCACGGUGCACAACCUGAGCCGCAUCCUCGCCGUGUUCCUGGCUGAGUAUCUGGGGCUCUAGCCCCCCCUUGGCGGACUCUGAAGGAGAAGGGUCCAGCUGGGACGUCCCAAGGGCACCCGGAGCCAACAGAGCUCAAGCCAGGCUGCCUGAUCCUUUCUUCCGCUCUAUUUAUGCCAGGAUCGGAAGAUCCUCUUUCCUUUGAUGGUCUCAAGCUGUCACUCUUCAAAGACACGGAAGGGACGAGGCCACUGUGGGGGCGAGAGCCAAAGGCAUGAGAGCUCGGACCCUGUCCUGAAGCACUUGGUUUGAAGGUUCACAGGCACCACAUGCUGUUUGGUUGGAGUCAGCAGACCUUGGCCAGGCAUCUGGACCAGCAGCACCACCCCACCAAAUGAAUCCUCCGUGGCUUAUGUUCUUACGAUGUCAGUGGAUUGCCAUGGGGGGUCGACAGGGGACGUGCUUGUAAACAGGAACAGAGGAGACAGAAGCCGAUAUUUGGGGACUGGAGUCUGCCAGACCCAAGGGCAAUAAACCAGUGUUUCUGGGGAACGUAUUCUGCAGAAUUAGCAUGACUAGGUGUUGCAUGAGAAAGGGGGAUCAGAGACGCGGGAUGAGACAUUAAAGGAGUUUCUUCAUUGCACAACGUGA